AUGAGGUUUAUACAGCUCUUGUCCCAGAUGAUUCAUAGCAAUGCAAAGUGACUUUUGAGGGCUUCUGCCAAGAGUUACAGGGAAGAUGAGAGCUAAAAUUCACUGUUGAGCGGGACUCGCUUUACGAAAGAGCAACUUGUUGAAUGAGAGCAUUUACUUACUAUUGACAGGCAAGUGAACAAAUGAGCAAAUGUUUUUCGUUUUUCGGAGAUCUCAUGCAUUUUUUCCUGCCUAAAUGGAGACGUUGUUGAGAUUUCAAUGCGGUUUUAUUUGAUUUAAGUACUUUAGAAAGGCACACUGUUAUCCACAAGGACCUGAAAGAGAACAGCAUCUAACCCAACAGUGUACGAGCCAUGGGGACCUUCGCUGGAGAGUAUUUUAACGUCACCUCUGAAUCCCCUGUCAAUGCCACGUACCACCUCUUGGGGCUUCCCUACUUAAAGAAACUGUCCCGUUUGGACGAAGCUCUCUACCAGGAAUUCUACGUUCUCUGGAUUGCACUAAUAGUAGUAAACACGCUCAUGUUUGUUGUUGGGGUCCUUUUAAACAGCCUAGCCCUCUACGUAUUUUGCCAGCAGAGUCGCUCUCGGACGACUCCCGCCAUAUAUACCAUAAACCUAGCAGUGGCCGACCUGCUGGUGGCGCUGUCGCUCCCUGCUCGCAUCGCUCUCUACCACAGCGGCGGUAAAUGCGUCGCCUGUUUCUACAUCCACAACUUCAGCUACUUCGUAAACAUGUACUGCAGCAUCUUGUUCCUCACCAGCAUCUGCGUCGACCGCUACAUGGCGGUUGUGCGAUCCGCAGGAACCGUUGGACGCUGGCGAAUCCCCGCAGUCGCUAAAUUCGUAAGUGUUUGCGUGUGGUUGUUCGCCGUGGUAGUUACCUACUCCCUGCAAACAUCCGCGAUUGAGUUCCAUGGCGCGUCUUGUUGUCGCUUAGCUGUUCUUUUCACCCUAACCGUUCUGGAAUUCAUAUUGCCGCUUCUGGUCAUCAUAACCUUCACCGUACGCGUAGCAUGCGUGCUGGCGGAUGGCAGGCUCAUGCAGCAGAGUUGGGGUCGCCGCGCGCGUGCCGUAAGGCUGCUCGUGGCCGUUCUAGUGGUGUUCACGGUUUGUUUUACGCCGUAUCAUGUGCGCGAGGCUGUGGUGUAUUUCCAGCUAGGAGGCAGCAGAGAACAGCACGUAGUAGCAUACCACGUUACGAUCACUCUUAGCAGUUUAAAUAGCUGCCUCGAUCCUGUGGUUUACUGCUUCGUACCGGAUAGUUUCCGCUCUACUCUUCGCAAAGAACAGAGAAAGAGGUUGUCAAAUCAUCCGAUGCCAAUUGCGAAGAGUAACAGGACCAAAGGUUCCGGACCGCCAACGGCUAUUGCGUACAGUGCGGCUACACUCACGCUAACACCAUAUUUACUGCCACCCAGAGACGCCCCUGCCUGAAACGAGAGACUCGGAGAGUAAUGAAACUCUAACAGGCACUAUAGCAAGAGAUAUUACAACCACAAAAAGUGACACAAAAUGCUUUUUGUCUUCAUUUUGAACAGUAAUGUCUUUUGGUGAAAUGUCUUCCUAGAAAAGUGUGCUCGAUUUACCUUCAAAUAAUUGUCACUUUGAUAUUUUGUUAAUGCCACGCCUUUCAGACAUUUUUAAGUGUGACAACCCCUGUCCAAAUGUUUUUGGGGGCCAUACAUAACGGGGAACUCUACAUGGAGUUCUAAUGCAAGAGGUUUAUUUUGCUCUUGACUUGAUUUAAUGGAGCUAUAAGCUCAUGUCAUGCACAUUUCCAGAUACAUUUAAUGAUGAAACUAAAGGUAAAGUUUGUUUAAAUGACUUCUGCAUUACCGAGAGCAAAACAGUGUGUGCUGUGCAUGUUGUAUAGUGAAAAUAUUUUCAAGCUAAAUUUAUAUUUUGUGUGAUUACCCUUGUCUUCAAAACAGCCCCAAUUCUCCUACUCACACCUGGACGCUUUUUCUUGGUUGUUGGCAGAUAGGAUGUCCCAAGCGUCUUGGAUAAUUCUCCACAGUUCUUCUAUCUAUUUCGGCUGUCUCAAUCACUUCUGUCUCUUUAUGUUAUCCCAGACUGAUUCGAUGUUCAGUGGGGGGUCCCCUGAGGGCACGCACACAAAAAAGAGGCAUGGAAAAGCUACUUUUAGUAAAGGUAACUAAUAAACGUUUGUAGUUAUUCUCUCAUUUUCUUUUUCUUUCGCUUCAAAAGUUCGGUUUUAAAGUUGAGAACCAGAAAUGCAGAGAUAUUUUAUGUAUUUGUGUACACUUCAUACACUUAUUUAACACCGUUAGUCUGCAGGUUCAUGUUAGCAUUGUGCUGUUAGCCUGUGAGCUACACUAUUGUAGAGUGGAGGAGGGCGGGGCCGG